AUGUCCGCGAGAUCGAUGUUUACGGGCUCGUCGUACUACCUGCCCUCUCCCAUGACCCGCCCCGUGGACUCCAACGACAACAUUAAGUUUGUCGUUGUAACAGGCGGUGUCUGUAGCUCGCUUGGGAAGGGGGUGACGACGUCGGCGACGGGCGCCUUGCUGCGCGCACAGGGGUACCGCGUGUGCAGCAUCAAGAUUGACCCCUACAUUAACAUGGAUGCCGGCCUGAUGAGCCCGUUCGAGCACGGCGAGGUGUACGUUCUCGCCGACGGAGGCGAGGUAGACCUCGACCUGGGCAACUACGAGCGUUGGAUGGCGGUGUCGCUCAAGUCGAAUCACAACAUCACCACCGGUAAGGUGUUCCGCAAGCUGACUGAGAAGGAGCGUGCCGGGGGCUUUUUGGGGAAGACGGUGCAGUUGGUGCCGCACUUCACGAACGAGGUGGUGGACCACAUCUUCCGCGUCUGUCAGGAGUCGGUGUGUGAGAGCGGCAAAGGGCCGGAGAUCUGCAUGAUUGAGCUUGGCGGCACAGUAGGGGAUAUGGAGUCACAGCCUUUUGUGGAAGCCUUGCGCCGUCUUCGCUACUCCAUUCCGCCACAAGACUUUUGCCUCAUGCACACGACGUACCUUCCUGUUUUUGGUGGGGCGCAGAAGACGAAACCAACGCAGCACAGCUCUCGUGCUCUCCUGUCCCUUGGCCUUCAGCCGGACUUUCUGAUAUGCCGUAGUGAGGAACGCCUUACACAGGAGGUGAAGGAGAAGCUAAGUAAUCAGUGUGGUGUUAAAAUUUCCGACAUUAUUGGGGCGCCAAAUGUGGAUUGCUUGUAUGAAAUUCCUGUGGAGUUCACCAAGGAUGGCCUGGUUGAGCGGCUGAUGCACAAGCUACGGCUGCAGCCGAGGGUCCCAGCGGCGGAAGUGCCGAACUAUGAAACAUACGUGGAGUACACCAGGAUCCUGCGUGACAUUUCAAACCCGGUCGUGCGCAUCGCCUUUGUGGGAAAAUACGUCACAGGCGGCGGGGAUGCGUACUUCUCCGUUCUUCAGUGCCUGGAGCACUGUCAGAUUGCCCUGCGUGUUCGGCUUGACAUCCUGUACAUGGAGUCGGAAAUGUUGGAGGGCCCCAAUGCGGAGGAGGCCAAGGAGGCCAUUCUCGAGUGCGACGGCAUUUUUGUGCCAGGUGGCUUCGGUAAACGUGGGGUGGAUGGCAAGUGCGUGGCGGUGGAGCUGGCGCGGCGCCACAACAUCCCCUACUUUGGGGUUUGCCUGGGCAUGCAGGUCGCCCUUAUUGAAAUCUGCCGUGACGUGAUUGGCUGGAAGGACGCAAACAGCGAGGAGUUUGACAGCGAGAGCACCCACCAGAUCGUGCGCAUCAUGGACUGCGAUCGCCAUAGCAUGGGGGCCAACAUGCACCUCGGGGCCCGCGAGGUGCACCUGGUGGAGAAGAACUCCAUCAUGUCCACCAUCUACGCCGGCGCCGACGUCGUCGUGGAGCGCCACCGGCACCGCUACGAGGUGAACACGUCCUGCCUCGACGAGUUGCGUGCGGCGGGGGUGUUGAUCAGUGCGGUGUCGGACCCGGCGCUUGGCCCGCACACGCGCGUGGAGGCCAUUGAGCUGCCCGCCCUCCGCUUCUUCCUCGCCGUUCAGUUCCACCCCGAGUUCGUCUCCUCGCCGCUGGACCCGUCGCCGCCGUACCUCGCGUUCAUGGCCGCCGCGGCGAGGAAGCAGCACGCGUGGCCGGCGGCGUGCGCCUCGCGCCGCCUCAGGCCGUCGCCGCCGUGCGCGUAG